UGUACACGUGUGUGGCUCACAGUAGCUUCAUCCCCACCAUACACAGGGUGGAAAAAAUCUUGUGUGUGCAAUUUUUGUUCACUUUAGUUAGUUCGUUAUACUAGUGCUCUUGCCACAAGAGCCAACCUAGACUCCCCACCACCAUUUUCCUGUUGGAUCGGUUGAGUAAAAGCUUGCAAAGAUUGCAACAGCAAUAGAAAUAACAGCUAUGCCUGAAGUGUUACCACUUUCUGGCAUGGCUGACGCCGAGCCGGACCUCUCGACGUUCGAGAACAAGUCCGGCCUGGCGGAGGACAUGAAGUUUCUCGCCUCGAUGCCGGAACUGUGCGACGUGACGUUUCUCGUCGGUGAAACGCGCGAACCUGUCUGUGCGGUCAAGGCGGUACUGGCCGCCCGGUCACGCGUCUUCCAGAAGAUGCUCUACCAGGCACCAUCACCGCAGCGCAAAAAGGAACCGCCACCGCGCGAGAACAAGCUGCGACUCUUCCUGAAGCGUUCCUCGGAACCGCUGUUGAAUCUACAGAACGCGGCACAGCAGAGAAGCGGCUUCAAUCAGCAACUAGCGCCUAUUGCGGAGCCGCCGGGACAGCAGCAUCAAACGCUUAUUAUCGAAGAGUUUGAACCGGACGUAUUCCGGCAGCUGAUCGAGUACAUUCACACCGGUUGCGUGACACUGCAGCCCCGCACCCUGCUCGGUGUGAUGAACGCCGCCGACUAUUACGGGCUCGAGGAGCUCCGGCGCGCUUGCGGUGGCUUCGUGCAGUGUUGCAUUAACGUGGACACCGUGUGUGCGCUGCUAGCAUCGGCCGAACGAUACAUCCAGUACAAGUGCACCAAGAGCCUGGUGCAGAAGGUGCUCGAGUUCGUCGACGAGCAUGGCAACGAGGUGCUGAAUCUCGGCAGCUUCACGCUACUGCCCCAGCACGUCGUGCGGCUGAUACUGGCGCGGGAAGAGCUGCGGGCGGAUGAGUUCACCAAGUUCCAGGCGGCGCUGAUGUGGAGCAAGAAGUACUGCGACUCCAACCAGAACACCCCGCUGAAGGAGGUGAUUGGGAACUUUCUCGAGUACAUCCAGUUCCACAAGAUACCGGCGAACGUGCUGAUGCGCGAGGUGCACCCACUCGGCCUGGUGCCGUACUCCAUCAUCAUGAAUGCGCUGGCGUACCAGGCAGACCCAGCAAGUGUGGACCCCGGAAAGCUCUCCCCCAACUCCAGCCGAGUAAGGCGGGCGAGACAGUCGCACGGUCGCUCGAUGUCCGUGCAGAGCUCGCUCGAUCCGUACGGCUCCAACACGACGCUUAGCUCCAGUGGCAGCAGUGAUCCAGCUAGUGGACCACCUCACAGCAACUAACAAAGGCUCAACGGUCCCUCCUCUCCAACUCCAGAGUCGUCCUCCCACCAUGGCAGAUCGUUAUCGUCCUCCCAUCACCAAGGCCAGCACCACCAUCACCACGGCCACCACAGCCAGCACCAUCACCACAGCCAGCAUCUGCACCAGCCGAACAGUGGCGGUGGGUCGAGCAGUUCCCGCUCGCUGCCCAAGAUACGGAAGGCCAAGUCGCAAAGCUU